AUGUCUCUAUGUGGGGACAUCAAAGGCACGACAAUCAUGGAGAUACUAUCACUGUGCACCGGGAUCACAAAUCUUUCUCUGACGCCUGAUAAGAUAGAGUUCGAUAACGUCGAAGCAACGCUCCUACCACUACUGGAUUCCCUCCCACUCAAGGUUCUAUCUCUGCGAGUCGGUGUCGUCCUGACUCGCUCUUCGGUCACCAACUCAACCGUCUUCGCUGGACUAACACAUUUUGAGACCGACGACAUAGAUGCAGUUCAUCGCAUUCAAACAUCAUACUUCCCACGAUUGACACACCUCGUGCUCAAUGCUAUACCUUGCUCCUCAGCGUACUGGAUGCGCAUGGCGGUGGAGCGGGUUCUCAGGCAUCCACCCCUUCAAGUCCUGGUUUUCCGUGUUCGAUCUCACCGGCAAUUUGCAAAAUCGCUGGUUAAGCUUGACAUCAAUGAUCCUCGCAUCGUCCUCGCACCGCCAAUAGUAUGUGGUUGGGAUGAUCUUGGGCGCGCAUGCAUGUUAUUCUGGGACAUAAUUGAUGAGACGGCCCAGCUUUCUCAGCCUAACCACGGAAAUCAUCGCUGCUUUACACUCACCAAUCAAACCAACGGAGUGAUGGAUUAUAUGCAUAAGGAUCGGGUCCCCGAACAUGAUUUGGAUUACCAGCAGCCGAUUAGGGCUAGGGUAGUUGGGGGUUCGCACGGUAGUGGGGAAUACAUUUACAUACAAGACGAUAGAGACGACGGCGUCAUCGAGGAGGUACCGCAACCCAGCCUUAGCGGGUUGUGA